GUAGCUAACAACUCGGCCGCUAUCAUCGCCCAGCUGCGCCGCGCGCGCUGAUUGGUCGGCCGGCGGCCCCAGUUUGAAAACCCGGGAAUUUAAAUCUAACGGCCGCCGGACGAGGAAGGAGUCGGACGGGCUGUAUUUGCUUGUGGAAAUCGGGUUGAUAUUGGAGUAUUUCGUGUGAUAAAAAGUGAAAAACGCCUGGAAUACUUCAACAACAUCUGAAGCGGUGCCGCUAUGGAUCCGCUGCCGAUGUGGUCGACCGCGGACUCGGAGAUGGGCUCGCCGGCUGCCGCCGAGCACGACCACACCGAGCUGGACAGCAUCUCGCCGUCACUGAUCGUCUCCAGCCUGUCGGAGAUCCACGCCAACUACCUGCUGGACGACCUCAACCUGCCCGACGACUACCCGCUGGAUGAGUGCGGCGGCGCGCGCACCGGCACCCUGGCGCUCGACUUUGUGCCGCCGACGCCAGCCAUGGAGCGGCAGCACUCGCACGGACAGUACCCGUGCACCUUCUCGGCCGAGGAGUGUCCGCUGAACCCGUUCAGCGAGGACCCUGUGUUCGGUGACGACCCGCUGCUGAUGACGCCGGAGACGGCGGUGACGCUGCGCUCGGCGGCGGCGGCGGCGCGGCCGCGCGCCUCCUCCCCGGACACCCCUAGCCGGCCGGUGGGUCGCCGUCCGCUGCGCUGUGUCACCAAGCCGGCCGCCGGCGGAGACAGCUACCGCGAGCCGCCGCCCUACCCGGGCCUGACGCAGCAGGAGCGCACCGACCACACGGCCUUUUACAGCGUGUCGCCGGCGCGGCGCGGGCUCGGCCUGGCCGACCGCUCCGUGCCGCGCCUCAAGGUGGUGCGCCGCGUCACGUCGCCGGCCGUGACGCGUCACACGGGCGUCACGUACGCGGCGCCGUCACCGCCCCCUGCCCCGACGUCGGCGCCGGCGGCACCGCGCCGACAGGGCCGCCAGCAGUCGCAGCAGUCGACCACGGGUCAGACCGACAGCAAGCACACCAAGCCCAGCCUGUCGUACGUGAACCUCAUCACGCUGGCGCUGCUCAACAGCGAGACGGGCAGUCUGCGCUGUAACGAGAUCUACGACUUCUUGCAGAGGAUGUUCCCGUAUUUUCGGGAAGUGAGCUCUAAGACCUGGAAGAAUGAUACGAGGCACGCUCUAAGCUCCAACCAGUCUUCCAGCAACUUCUGCAAGGCGCCGGAAUGCAAGGAUACUUCAGGCACUGCUGCGAAUAGGGGAGCUUUAUGGAUGGCCAAGCCGGAAAAGGUGCAAUUUCUACAUGAGCAUCUGUCUAAGACAUACUGCAAGUUUGCAGACAAUAUCAAAGAGUCCAUGGAGAAUCCAGAGCUGUACGGGGAGCUGCUGCGCGGCAUGGCGUUCUACUCUGGCCUGGAGCCGGGCUCGCCGUGCGACCAGUCCCCCACGGUGGGCAGCACCACCGACUCACCGGACGAGGCCUGAGCGGCCACCCAGCUGCCGUGCAAUCGACCCAUGGCGCGGCCGACGCGCCGCCGCACACCGCUAGUCCUGUUACGGUAUUAUCGUUUAUUGCCGCAGCCGUCCCUAGUCGCGCGCCGUCUGUGCCGCGCGCGCGUGCGCCACUCUGAAGCAGGGUAUUGAGUGCGGCGCCGGUGGCGGGCCGGCCGGCCGGCCAGCCCGCCGGCCCGGGCGCGCAGCUUCGCCGCUCGCUGUUCUCGCGUGUCUUCAUGCACAUCGUAGCCUUCUUAGCGUACAAAACCUGGCUGUGAAGGUUUUCGUAUAUUUUUUCCGAAGGCUUUUUUAAACGUAUACAAUCGCGUCCUUUUACAUAAUGAUAAGGAUAAUACUCUUGCACUGUAUAUAAUCAUGAAUUCAUUCAUCGACCAUUUGGGUUUGGAGCUGUGCCUUUCUCUUUUAACUUUUGAUACUGUUUGUUUCUCACUAUCAAAGCCCAUUUUGGCUGCUACUGAGAGCACUUUGGUACGAGUUUUCAGGCGCCCCUUUGUUGGAUGUGUAUGCAGAUGCGCAGCGUAAUGUUUUGUACUUGUAGGGAGCGGUUGUAAUGUUGUAAUGUCACUGUGUAACAUGUGCCUGUGUCAAUCAUUUGUGUAGAGUAGACACAAAACGAAUGAAUAAAUAGUGAAGCAUCC